UUUCGUGCGUGCGCGUGUCUGUGUGUGAGGCUGGCUGUAGCCCUACGUGUGUCGUCCCCCCUUCUCUCUUUGUCCCUCCUCCAUAGUAAGAAUCAACCGAGCGCUAUCAAUCCGCUCGCAUCCUGCUGCAAACUAGGAUAAGCCACCACCACAACAACCUUCACUUCACUUUCACGUUCAUUUAGCCCCUCUCUCUCUCUGACACACCGACCAGCAGCGUCCUAUGAUUUGCCUGCCUGAGAUGCGAUUUCGCUCUCCCCUUUCCCGGAGAAUAUCGUCCGUUACUCCCCACUGAAAGACCAUGCCCGAGACGGGGGCGGCGGGAGCAGCAGUCCCUGCAGCAGCGGGUAGCAGCUCCUCCGACAGCAGUGGUGGCACCGAGAGCUCGCGGCACAGACACCGAUCGCAAGGCGAAGGGGAAAAGACAGAUCAAAGUGCUGCCUCCUCGCAGCAAACGUCAUCCGGUGUACUGGAUAAGUUAUUUGGGAAGCGGCUGCUGCAGGCUGGGAGGUACAUAAUGUCUCAUAAGUCCUGGAUGAAGACCGUGCCCACUGAGAACUGUGACGUCCUCAUGACUUUCUCAGACCGGACAGAUGACCACACGUUGCUAUGGCUACUAAACCACAUGCGCCUGGGCAUUCCAGAACUCAUCGUCCAGAUCCGACAUCACAAACACACGCAUGUACACGCCUUCUUCGUCACGGCAACUUACGAGAAUUUGUUGCGCGGGGCAGAGGAGAUGGGUCUGAGGAAGUCAUUAAAGCAAGAGUUUGGGGGAGGAACACGCAGCUUCUCCUGUGAAGAAGACUACAUCUAUGAGAACAUUGAGAGUGAACUAUGCUUCUUCACAUCACAGGAGAGGCAGAGCAUUAUCAAGUACUGGCUCGACAAUCUACGAGCCAAGCAGGGGGAGGUGCUUCAUAACAUACACUUCCUGGAGGGACAGCCAAUCAUCCCAGAGCUGAGUGGGAGGGGUGUGAUCCAGCAGGUGUUUCCUCUCCAUGAGCAGAGGAUCCUCAGUCAGCUGAUGAAGUCCUGGGUGCAGGCUGUGUGUGAGAAACAGCCCCUAGAUGAUAUUCGUGACUACUUUGGGGUGAAGAUAGCCAUGUACUUCGCCUGGCUGGGGUUCUACACCACGUCUAUGCUGUAUCCUGCUGUCAUCGGCUUCGUGCUCUGGGUUCUCACCGAGUCUGACCAGACGAGUCGUGAUAUCUGCUGUGUGGUGUUUGCACUGUUUAACGUGGUGUGGGCCACACUCUUCUUGGAGAGGUGGAAGAGAAGGGGGGCGGAGCUGGCCUAUAAGUGGGGUACGCUGGACACCCCUAACGAGUCCCUAGAGGAACCACGGACGCAGUUUAGGGGUGUGAAGCGCUGCAGCCCCAUAACAGGCUGUGAGGAGUUUUACUACCCACCAUGGAGGAGGAGGGUGUUCAGGUGGCUGGUCAGCCUGCCCAUCUGCAUCCUGUGUCUCUGCUUUGUGUUCCUGGCCAUGCUCCUCUGCUUCGAACUGCAGGAGUUUGUUAUGGGGAUUAAAGAAGUACCUCGUCUGGCCCGGUUCAUCCCUAAGAUCAUGCUGGCCAUCACUGUGACUGCCUGUGACGAGGUGUACAGGAAGAUAGCCUACUGGCUCAACGACAUGGAAAACUAUAGACUCCAGAGUGCCUAUGAGAAACAUCUCAUCAUUAAAUUGGUUCUUUUUCAGUUUGUAAACUCUUAUCUCAGCCUUUUCUACAUUGGAUUCUACCUCAAAGACAUGGAGCGUCUGAAAGAGGUGUUGCUGGUGUUCUCUCUGGGACAGAGUCUUCUCAGACAGCUGAAGGACAAUGUGCUGCCUUUUGUCUUCCUCAAGAUCAGGCUGUUGGUCGUCACCAUCCCCUGGGUCAUCAAGGCCUCCUUCAGGUCCAAACGUCUGGCUACCUUUGGAUUUGAGCAGCUGUUCUAUAAGAUGCUGGCCACCCUGCUGAUCAUCCGCCAUUUUGUCCAGAACGUGAAGGAGGUGAUGCAGCCUUACCUGUACGAGCGCCACAAGCUGGGCGAGCUCACCCUGCGCAGCGUCUGGGAUCUGCUCCUCUCAGCCCUGCUCAAGUACUGCAGGCUGGCCGCAGGAAAGCCCCAGGCUUCACCCACCGACCAGGCCAUGCCGGGCCCUGGCCUGAGGGGAACCAGACCCGGGGUGGGACAGCCUGACCGCAGGGAGAAGAAGUGUCUGAACGGGGGAUGUGGGGUGCCUGAAGAGGAGGAGGGAGAGAGGGAGGAGGGGGACAGUGGGAGGUUCAGUGAGGGAGAGAAUGAGGAAUCGUCUGAGAGUCUGAUAGACUGUGGCCUCAAGCUGAGGAAGGUCAGCUUCAUAGAGAGGGGGGACAGAAAGUCGUCUGGAGGGGGCUGCAUCCCCACAAUGGAGGACAGUUUCUUGGAGGACGGCAGCCCCACUAUGGUGGAGAAGGGGAUGGAUCCGGCAUCGGUGUUCGAGACAUAUGAUGAUGACGAUGACAAUGGCGUCACUGAGACAAAGGACACGGGAGUUUCGGCCAAUGAGAGUAUGGCGGCUGCCCCGCUGCCUUCUGGGCCAGAGAGCACGGUGACGGUGCGUCAUCGCAGAAGGCAGAGGAGUUUGGAGAGGGCAGACUCUAAAACCAAGCGGGAGUCAUGGAUCGACCCGCCAGAGGAGCAGGAGAGUACGAGUCUGGCACAGGCUGAGAUGGAGAGCUGCAUGCAGACAUAUGAGGACACCUUCCAGGACUACCAGGAGAUGUUUGUCCAGUUCGGCUACGUAGUUCUCUUCUCCUCAGCCUUCCCCCUGGCGGCCAUGUGUGCCCUCAUCAACAACAUCAUCGAGAUCCGCAGCGACGCCUUCAAGCUCUGUACCGGCCUGCAGAGACCCUUCGGCAAGAGAGUGGAGAGUAUCGGACAGUGGCAGACAGCGAUGGAGGCCAUGGGUCUGAUCGCCAUCAUAGUCAACUGUUACCUGAUUGGUCAGUGUGGUCAGCUGCAGCGCCUCUUCCCCUGGCUCAGCCCUGAGAUGGCCAUCAUCUCCAUUGUCAUCCUUGAGCACUUUGCCAUCCUGCUGAAGUACAUCAUUCACGUAGCAAUCCCAGACAUCCCCAGCUGGGUGGGGGAGGAGAUGGCCAAACUGGAGUACCAACGCAGGGAGGCUUUUAAGAAGCACGAGCGGCAGGCGCAGCAGCACUACCAACAGCUACAGAGGAGGAAGAGAGAGGAGGAGGAGAGGCAGAGGCAGACGGAGCACCAGGCUCGCAGGGAGAGGGAGAGAGAUGAGGGGAAGGACUCCUCCGGGGGAGACCACCACCACGACAAGAGCCACGGGGGGAAGUCCCGCUCUGGAGGGGGUGGAGGUGGGGACAAGCCCAAGAGGCCCAGCUCCCUCCUGGCCAACAACAACGUGAUGAAGCUCAAACUGAUCACCCCCUUACAGAGCAAGUUCUCCUCUGGCAGCGCACGCUCCCCUCAGUCUCCCACAGGAAACGAACCCAAGCUCCCCGGGUUCCUCAGCUUCAAGUUCCUCAAGUCGCCUGAGAAUAAGAAGGAAGCGGCUGCUGCCGCUGCAGCUGCAGCCACGGCAACGAAUACCACGACGACCGCGACCGCCCCCGGCGGUAACCAGGAGCGGUCUCAGUCGCCGAGCAAGUCGUUCAACCCUGGGAAACUAUUUAACUUUGGGAAGUCAGAGGGGGGCUCCUGUGUGAAUGGGUCCCAGUUACCCCGACCAGGGGAGGGUUCCCAGGGAUAUGACAAACAGCUCACCAAGUCUGACCUGAAUGGGGUGCCGGAUGAGAUCCCCUCGCCUGGAGGGGAUGAGGGGGAGAACGGACACCACACAGACUCCUCAGACCCUAAAGUCUAGGAUCUCUUUGGAUAGGGAGAUGACAAACUACUAUGAGAACUUAACUUAAUAUAUCUACUAGAAGGAGAAAUGUAUGGGGAGAAAAGGUCAAGCCUCUCUCUGUGCUGUCUGGAUCUGAGGUUGUGUAUGUAGACGCUGCCUGGGGGCUGUGGGGGGGGGACUAAUGGUAAUGAUGAUGGGAUGUGUGGGUCUGCAUUGUUGCUGUUGCUGAGAGACUUUCAGGCUUAAUGGGGAAGACAUAACCCACCCUUUUACCCGUGGCCACACACACACACGCGCACACACACACGCACACACACAUAGAAUCCUCUUUUGUCUGCAAUACAUAUAGAAAUGCAUGAGCUGCAUUUCUGAUACUUUCCGAGCAAUUUCCAAAAAAAGGGAGAGCAGUGUUUCUUGAUUUAUUCUAUUCUGAAAAUUGUAAGCAUCCUGGUGGCCAUCUUGCCACGGAAACAUAACAUCCUGGUUUCGAAGGUCAGAAGAAAAAAAUUGAUUGGUGUGUGUGAAUCAAAAGCAUAAUGAGACCUUUCACAGUCACCACACAAUGGUGGCCUGAUAUCAGACUCACUUUUAACUGUGACGGUCGAUCGGCUUUUCUACUUAAUACGAACCGGCUGUGCUAGCCGAGCAAUAUCAAAUCUGAGCAGUACUGCAAAACACGUCCAGUUCUUUGUUUGUCACCCUCAUCUGAAGGCCUACGUGAGCAGUCGUGAGUUUUGUAUAUACAGUACAUCCCAUGAAAACAACGGCAAUAUCUGAAGUGUAUGUCUGACACAGUGCGUGGGAAACAGGAUGUUGUGUUUGACGUUGUGAAAGGCAAAGAUGAAAAUCGUUUGAUAAAAGACAGGCUUUGUCUUGCAUCAGUAUGACAGAGAGAGAGAGAGAGAGAGAGAGAGAGAGAGAGAGAGAA